AUGGAUGCCCUUUCUCGAAAAGCCAUAGAUACGCCGGUGCCGAUGGAUGAUGACCUUGAUGAACCUGCGGACGAAGGUGGCAAAGGAGGCUAUGGACCCAUCCGUCGAAAAGGCGAGGCUUCAGAGAGUGGAAUAAUUUUUCAGCCGGCCGAAGUGGAGGAUGUAGUCAUAGAAACCGUGGAUGAGACGAAAGGUGAAGGAGAAAGUGACAUGCCCUAUAGCAAGCCUCAAUUUCCUGCUCUCACACCGAAAGAGCAAGGCGUGAAGAAACAGAUGCGCAGAGUACCAGUACCUCCGCACAGGAUGACUCCGCUGAAGGCAUCUUGGGUACAGCUCAUUGAUCCCAUUGUGGAGCACAUGAAAUUACAGGUGAGGAUGAAUACCAAGCGCAGGGCUGUAGAAAUCCGAAACUCUGAACACACUCCUGACAUUGGCUAUUUGCAGAAAACUGCUGACUACAUGAAAGCUUUCAUGCUUGGAUUCGACCAAGCUGACGCAGUGGCAUUGCUUCGUUUGGAUGAUCUCUUUAUUCAGUCUUUUGAGGUGAAAGAUGUCAAACGCUUGCAAGGCGAUCACCUGUCAAGGUGUAUUGGCCGAAUAGCUGGAAAGGACGGAAAAACAAAGUAUGCGAUAGAAAAUGCAACUCGCACCCGCAUUUCGCUCUGUGAAGACAAGAUCCACAUUCUCGGCUCGUUUGCAAACAUCAAACUGGCCAGAGAUUCCAUUUGCAACCUGAUCCUCGGAAGUGCCCCAGGCAGGCAAACACAAAACUGCGGACUGUGUCAAAACGCUUGCAGGAGCGCAUUUGAUACUUCAUGA